AUGGAAAUCGAUGUGUUGGGCAAAGCUUUGAACUUCAGAAAUUUCAAGUCUCUCAAGGCUAAAACAGUCCUUCAGAGCAAUACGCUCUUAAUGCUUGCCAAAUAUAUGGUCAAAGGAAGAAAUUCCAACAAGGUGGAGCAAGAAGGCGAAUUGGGAUCACCGCAAGAGGGCCCAAGCUCAAAAAAAGACCAGGCAGAACAGCUGCGGGACGCUGCCAAACGCCAGGAACGGUCAAAAGCCUCUGCUGGAAAGAAGAGAUCAACAGGUUCCGCAGGGCACCCCAACGAUGAGGAUGAUCUGAAUGACCCGGGUAAAGAUGGUGAUCCAUCUCGGAAACGCAGCAAGAAGCGUGCCAAUGAAAGUGGUUUGAAAUUUGCAUGCCCGUUCUUUAAACACGACCCCGAACGAUACAAAACUACGCGCUCCUGCAUGGGGCCGGGGUGGACAAAUAGAACACAUCUUCAGGUCACACUGCGAACCGCCAUAUAA